AUGAACCUCUUACAUCGAUCACGUGGCUUAAUGCUUCGGACUCAACAACGGGUACAGUUUCUCAAAAAGAAGUCUGUUUUUCCGGAUGAAUUUAGAGAAGAAACAAAAGAAUGUCUUGAAAAAUGGAGAAAUAUUAUUAUAAACAAACAUGAAACCGAAGAAAACUUUUAUGGUGAUCCCAUCUUAAUAAUUGAAUAUAAUGAUGCAGGGCUUACCGCUAGAAACAUUGAUAGCCACGCUGUAGCACAGGGUGUCUAUCAUCGAUUACAUUGCUAUUGCGAUGAAUAUGUCAGAUGUUCCGAAGAGACAUGGGACGAAGUUCGUCCAAGACCAUUGAUUCCAAAGGAAUUGCCAACAGUUGCUGAUUUAGCAGUAAUCGAAUACAAUAGACUUUUGAAUGACAAACAAUCACUCAAUACAAAGUGGCGUAACAAUUGGGCAAAGGGGAAUAAAUUAUUAACAGAUGAAGACAAAGGCAUCUUCGAUUGUGUACAGAUAAUUUCAAGAAAUUUGUAA